AUAUCUAUGAUGGAUACAACAUAUUUAUUAGUAGUAUAUAAGUAUGAGUGUAUGUAUGCACAUAUAAGUGUAUUUGAGAGAAAAGUAGUAGAAAGUGUGCGUCAGUAUUGAAUUCAAAUAAUUUUAUAUAUUAUUAGUACUUAUUAUUAUUCAAAUCAGUUUAGUGUACGAUUACAGUUGGUGUACAAAGUUUGAAACAUUUCAAUUUAUUCGUUAUCAUUAUAAAUAACAAUAAUGGGACGAAUACAAAUUGUUUAUUCACCUGAUGAAAAUGUAUCUGGACGAACUAACCAUCCUGGUAAACAAGUAGUGGAUCCACGUACUGGUAGGGUAAUCAAAGUGAAACGAGAAACUCCAGAUGAUUACUUGAAUGUAUUAAAACCUGUCAAAGGUCCAAAGCGUAUGGAAUUUAAUCCAUAUCUUCCUAAAACACUUACUCCAAAAGGAUAUGCCAAGUAUAAACUAAUGAUGAGUGUUGCAAGUAAACAAUACGAAACAUUAGUUAAACGUUUAAAAACUGAACGAACACUUUGGGAAGAUCCUGACUUUCCAGCUAACGAUUAUGCAAUUGGGAAUAUACCAAAUUUCAGAGAGAAAAUUGAAUGGAAACGACCACAUGAAAUUAAUCCAAAUGCUAAAUUUUUUGCUGGUGGAGCAAGUCGUUUUGAUAUUGAACAAGGGGCACUUGGUGAUUGCUGGUUACUUGCAGUAGUGGCUUCCAUAUCAGGAUACCCACAGCUAUUUGAUCAAGUGGUGCCUAAAGAUCAAGAAUUAAAAGGACCAGAUUAUGUUGGUGUUAUACGUUUUCGAUUUUGGAAUUUUGGUCAUUGGGUAGAAGUACUUAUAGAUGAUCGUCUUCCAGUUCGUCAAGGACGUAAUACACUCACUUUUAUGCAUUCUAGUGAUCCUACGGAAUUUUGGUCAGCCCUGUUAGAAAAAGCUUAUGCAAAAUUGAACGGUUGUUAUGCUCAUCUGUCUGGAGGAACACAAAGUGAAGCUAUGGAAGAUUUAACUGGUGGAAUUUGUUUAUCUAUUGAACUGAACCAAAAAGAACGUCCACAAGAUCUUGUAGAACAGCUUAAAAUUUAUGCUCAACGUUGUUGCCUUAUGGGUUGUAGUAUUGAUUCGUCAGUUAUGGAACAAAAAAUGGAUAAUGGACUUAUAGCUGGUCACGCAUACAGUUUAACAGGUGUAUAUCCUGUCAACUACCGAGGUCGCACUCAAUGGUUAAUGCGUUUACGUAAUCCAUGGGGUGAUAGUCAUGAAUGGAAAGGUGCAUGGUGUGAUGGUUCACCUCAGUGGCGUGAAAUAAGUGAACAAGAAAAGAAAAAUAUUAACUUGAGCUUCACUGCAGAUGGAGAAUUUUGGAUGUCAUAUGAAGAUUUUGUUACUUGUUUUACACGAGUGGAAGUAUGUCAUUUAGGUCUUGAAAGUUUAGAGUAUAAUGAAAAUUUCCGUGGGAAAAGACGAUUAGACGAAGCUAUAUUCUCUGGUCAGUGGCAACGUAACGUUAAUGCUGGUGGUUGUAUUAAUAAUCGCUCUACCUUUUGGACGAAUCCACAAUUUCGCAUUACUGUUGAAGAUCCAGAUCCUGAUGACGAUGAUAAUAAAUGUUCAGUGCUUAUUGGUUUAAUGCAAAAAGAUAUCAGGAAGAAAGUUGGAGCAGAUUUUCAACCUAUGGGUUUUAUGGUUUAUAAUGCACCUGAUGAUUUAAACACUUUAUUAUCACGUGCACAACUUUUAACUAAAUCUCCAAUAGCUAAAUCACAAUUUAUUAAUACACGUGAAGUUACUGCACAAUUUCGUGUACCACCGGGAUCAUAUGUUAUUAUUCCAAGUACAUUCGAUCCAAAUAUUGAAGCCAAUUUCGUAUUACGUGUAUUCUCACAAACAAGUAUUACAGAACAAGAACUUGAUGAAGACAAUACUAACAAAGGUCUACCAGACGAUGUUAUUGAAGCUUUGAAAUUAGAAGAUACUUUAUUAGAUGAAGAUCAAGAAAUUGAAAAAAAAUUUAUGGCUAUCCGUGAUCCAAAAACUAAAGCUAUAAAUGCUGUUAAAUUGGGUGAACUUUUAAAUAAUAGUACAUUACAAGAUAUCCCUAACUUUCAAGGAUUUAAUAAAGAAUUAUGUCGUAGUAUGGUUGCAUCUGUAGAUAAUAACUUAACAGGUCAAGUUGAAUUAAACGAAUUUAUGGAUCUUUGGAUACAAGCUAAAGGAUGGAAACAUAUUUUCAUAAAACAUGAUGUUGAUGAAAGUGGUUAUUUCAGUGCAUAUGAAUUCCGUGAAGCAUUGAAUGAUGCAGGUUAUCAUGUGAGUAAUCGAUUAAUCAAUGCCAUUAUAAAUCGAUAUCAAGAUCCUGGAACAGAUAAAAUCAGUUUUGAAGAUUUUAUGUUAUGUAUGGUUCGACUUAAAACUGCUUUUGAAACAAUUGAAGCACAUCCAAAAAAUCUUGAAGGUACAUCACUAUUCAGUGCUGAAGAUUAUCUACGAUUUUCAGUUUAUAUUUGAUUCUGUCGAAAAAAAAAACAUUUACGGAAUUGGACGAACCCACUGACAAUUUACUUCUCACUAUCUUUUUCGUUACAAUCAUAUGUUUAUUUAUUUUUAUUCAAUUUAGAAAUCUAUAUAUUUAGACAAAGAAGCAUAUCAUGCCUUUUUGUUCAAACAAUGGAACUUUUAAUAUAACAAUAAUAAUAUAUCAUAUUAAUUUAGUUUUUACAAAUAUUAUUACCAAUAUGAUAUUUUAUACUAGUUCCAACUAGUUUUGUGAAUUCACUGUUUGGAAUUAGUUGGGGGAUCAUAUUAUGCAAUGUUUAAAC